AUGGAAUUAGACAAAUUGGACCAAAAGCUGAAGGUGCUAAAAAGGAAAGGAGUUAAUGUGUCUAUAAAAAACAGGAAGUUGGCUGAUAGAGAGAUUCAGGAAGCAGGUUUAAACCGGAAACCAAAAGUCUACAGCAUGGAAGAUGUGAAUGACGGAGCCGAACCAGUAGAGGAUGCGGAAACAUCUGAUAAAGAUAAAGCUUUUCAUUACACCGUUCAGGAGUAUAAUGCAUGGAAACAGAAGCAGAAUCAAAGGAAAAAUGGGCAAGGCCAACGCAGUGGGAAUUCAUACGAUCAAGUCGCGAAAUUGAGUUAUGAAAAGACUUUAAGGAAUCUCGUUACACAGAACUCCAAUAAAAAUGAAAACUCGGUCAAUAAAAAUGACAGUAAUAGCUCACCGAAAAAUGGUGCGAUCCAUAAAAUUCAAAGAAAUAUCAAAACAGGUAAGAUUGAAAUUGUAGAUGAUGAUAAAUUAGUAAAUAAGUUAGCUUUUACUUUGGAAUCUGAAUCAAAGAAGAGAUAUGAGGCAAGGAGAAAGCAAAUGGAAAAUGCCAAAACACCAUCUAGCGUUGAAAGCUUUAUUAAUGAUAAGAAUAAACAAUUCAAUGAAAAAUUGAGCAGAGAGCCAAAAGAUUCGAACUGA